GGAUAUUGAGACGUGUACUCAAGGAUUCGUCAUAUUCCUUUGUGCUUUGACUCGUAUUUGCGUGGAUGUCGGUGCCCCUUCUUCCUGUUAUGCUGCUGCCGUUCCGUUCCACAGCAAAUAGCCUUUAUUUUGGAUUAUUAGAGAUUUCUCGUUUGUAAACGAGUAACACCAUAAACGUAAAAAGGUAGUAACGAGAGCGUUAAAAAAAGAAGGUCAAUAUGAGCGCACGCAUGCAGGUUCCCCUGUCGCAGCGGCGACACACGAACAUUGCGGUGGUCCGCUACUCAAAGAACGGCGUCAAGCUCGAAGUUGCGUGUUACAAGAACAAGGUCAUCUCAUACCGCAGUGGAACAGAGACGCGGCUUGAUGAGGUGCUCCAGGUGGAGCGCAUCUUCACGAGCGUCGCGCGUGGUCACCUUGCCUCGGAAAAAGAUGUUGAGGCGGUCUUUGGACCAAAAACGACGGAGCAGGAGGCGAUCAAGUUUAUGCUGGAUCACGGCGAGCUGCAGGUGGCGCAGCAGGAGCGCACCGCCGAGGUGGAUGAAAUGUUUAAGGACAUUGCCAUUAUCAUUUCGCAGAAGUGCGUCAGCACCAAAACACAGCACCCUUUCCCUGCGCAGGUCAUUGAGCAGGCGCUGCGCUCGAUCGGCGCCGCGGUGAAGCUGGACCAGCCCGUCAAAAAACAGGCACUUGGGCUAAUUCGUUCUCUGAUUGAUGCCGACAUUAUCCCGAUUGCGCGCGCCAACAUGAAGAUUCGCUGCACCACCACAUCAGCAGAGGCACUGGACAAGCUGCGUGCGUGGUGCAGCGAGAACGACGCGGAGGUGGUCGAGAAGGAUCUGGCGGCAGCAGCCGGCUCUGACGGUCGCGGUGGCGGCGCCUACUCUCUCCUCUUCGUCAUGCAGCCGAGUCUGUUUCGUGACUUGGACACCUUUGUGAAGGAGAAGUUACCGCCGGGGAGCACCACGCACAUGGUGGACGCCGCCGUCUCGGGGGUAGGCGACGACGACGUCGUGCUGGAUGCGAAUGCGGUGUCGAAGGCCAACGCGCACCACGGCAGAGACGAGGCGUCUGGGGGAAAUGCGGCUCCUACCACGACGACCACGUCGGCGUCGUCCGCCACCGGAGGGGUGCGGGGCGCCUCGCGAAAGGUCGCCGCCAGCAGUGACGAGAAAGACACGGAUCAAGCGUCCAGCAUGAGCAACAACAACCACCACCGCAAUGUGGACGACGCGGCCGCAAGUGGGGGCCGACGCAGGAAGCAGGAAGGCGGCGGAAAAGGCGGCAAGAAAGACCGUGGUGGCCGGCACAGCAGCGAUGAGAGUGAUGACAGCGAUGGUGAUGCGGUGCCGCUGAUGGAGAGGGCGCGCAAGCACACGGAACGAGACGCCGCAACGGUAGCAGCAGCGCCGAAGGAUGAUUUGACGGCAGAGCUGCUGAAGCUGCGCGUCGACGACGGCAGCGAUGACGAAGAUGGCGGUCGCGGAGGUGGUCGUGGUGGCAAGGGGAAGAGGAGCAAGAAGAAUGCUGCUGGUGGCGCAGCCAAGAAAGGCACUUCUGCGCCUCCCCCAAUGGAAGAGGACGAGGAUGAGGGCGGCCGAAAGGGGAAGAACAAGAAUAAAAACAAGAAGAAGAAAGCCGCCGCUACGGUGCCGGAGAAGGAGGAGCCAGAAGUGAAGGAGGAGUUUAGCGAGAGCGAUGAGGAGCUCUUGGUAAACCGAAAGCAGCGCGCGAAGAAGCAGCAUCAACAGGGAAUGCCCAACGACGCGAACAACUGGAACGAUGAGGAGGACUUCGAAUACGGAGAGGAAGAAGACGAGCAGGCGUAA